GAAGGCGCAUUGGACGCACAUUCCGUGCCUACCUCAUCCCUCGCCUCAGUGCUCGCUCUCUUCUUUGACCCAUCGCAGCCCUCGCUUUCUCCGUCUCUCACCCCUCCCUGCAUCCAUCACUCACCAUCUCUCAACCAUCCGUAUCCUCCUCUCUCCAUCUUCAACCUCCUCGUCGUGCUCGCUGUGCUCCGGGGCCUCGCUACGAAAUACCUACCCACCCCCCUUGCACCGUUGCACAAGUCCCCGCUGAUCCCUGUUGAAAGGACCCCUCACCCCGUCACCGCAGCCCACACACCACCGUUUCGCCUGCACCUCCCUCACCAUCCUGCUCCUCUCCUCUCCCAUGUCGCUCCCACCCGACUACUCCAACGAGAUACAGUCCCUCACCCGCCAAGUCAUCCAGCACCAGCCAAACGACAUCCUCCAAUUCUGCGCAAACUUCUUCAACCGCCGUCUCGAGUCGCAGCGCGCCGAGUUCUUGCUCUCCCAGCGUCAUUCCAACUACAAGGGCUCCACUGCCUUGCCCGAGACCAGCUUCCCGGGCAGCAACCCCUUUGGCACCUCGCCCGGCACCGGCUUCAUGAACCGGCUGGAGGAAGAGGACGAGACGGAUACCCUUGCAUCACCGGCUGCAUCGUCCGCCGCCGCCGCCGCCAUGGCCAACCCUCAGGGCAACCACCCAAGCAAGAGCCACUUUGGCAACUUUUUGGGCUUCGGAGCCUCCAAGAGCACUCACCAGCAUCAAUUCGCUGAUGCCGACUCCCAGACCUUCCCCACCAACUAUAACCUCAAUCGCCGCACGUCCGUGUCUGCCGAGUCGCUCAACCCCGCUUCCUCUGCCCAUGACAACUGGUCCCCACCCUACCAUCAUAAGUCGGAGGAGCAGCUCGCCCGUCUCAAGACUGCCGUGUCCGGCAAUUUCCUCUUCUCCCACCUCGACGAUGACCAGUUCUCCCAAGUCUUGGGCGCCCUCCAAGAGAAGCCGAUACCAACAAAGGGCAUCAAGGUCAUUCAGCAGGGAGACGUGGGAGACUACUUCUACGUCGUCGAGAAGGGCUCUUUUGACGUCUACGUCAACCCUUCAGGAAAAUUGGAGCCCGGUCCAGAUGGCCUGGGCAAAAAGGUCAGCACCGUCGGGCCCGGCGGGUCCUUUGGCGAGCUGGCCCUCAUGUACAAUGCCCCCCGAGCUGCCACAGUCAUCUCCAAUGAGCCGUCUACCCUGUGGGCACUCGACCGAGUGACUUUCCGCCGUAUCCUCAUGGACAGUGCUUUCCAACGCCGUCGCAUGUACGAGGGCUUCCUCGAGGAAGUGCCGCUCCUCUCCGGCUUGACCCCCUACGAGCGCUCCAAGAUCGCCGACGCCCUCGAGACGAAGAAAUUCCCUCCGGGCACCACCAUUAUCCGGGAAGGAGACGUGGGCGAGUCGUUCUACAUGCUCGAGUCGGGCGAGGCCGAAGUGUACAAGCGUGGCAUCGACAAACCCGUCAAGCGGUACAAGAAGGGUGACUACUUUGGCGAACUAGCCCUGCUCAAUGAUGCGCCCAGGGCAGCCUCGGUCAUCAGCACGACCGAAGUGAAGGUUGCGACGCUGGGCAAAGAUGGCUUCCAGAGGCUGUUGGGGCCGGUGGAGGGCAUCAUGAGGAGGAAUGAUCCUAGCAAACGACCUGAAGGGGAUAGCAUUGACCCUCUGGCCAAGGAGGCGUGAAGAGGAAGACGGACACUUGGACGGACCGAGCUGCAGAGCAGCGCUGAUUAGGAGAGCGUCGGUUGGAUAUCUCUUGUUACAAGGUGCGGGGAUGGGUAUGGGGCCGAAUGGGGGUUCCAUAUAGGCAAGCGGUUGUGUUGGACGACGGUGGGGGCGAGGAAGGGCGAAUCCUCCCUCUGCUUCCAAUGUCCCAAUUGCGGUUGUCUUAUUAGCUGCGCUCACUCGUGGAGGCGUUCGUUUGGCUCUGCAUGCUUUGCUGCUUACCUUGUUCAUCACUAUCUCUAAAGAUUGGGUUGGUUGAUCACAAUUCGGAAACAAUGCAAAGCUAAGCUGGGAUGAAGUGGGAAAUGGUUCUCGUAGAAAGGCUGAUGUUGGUGAGAAGGGUCUUGAUAGUCGACCAAACUAUAUACUCCCAAUGACAUUGUUGUUGUUCACGAA